AUGAGAGCAAAUGACAAAUGCCAGGUCAAAAAGAGUCACCCCAAAAAGAAGCCUAUCCUAAAAACUGUGUCCUAUGAAGAGGAAAGUCCCCCUCCAUAUGCCCCCCUUUAUCAUCCAAGGCAGCAACAAAAUGCUAGUGAUGGUAAUAAUCAAGGGGCAGUGGGACAAAGUGACCAGAUGGAGAAGCAAAAAGUGGAAAGUCCUUCUAGCAGACCCCCUUCUCCUGCAACCCAACGGACUUCUCCCAUUGCUGCCCGAACCAGAAGUCAGCUCUUAGCCCCACUUCACCAAGUGGAUCAAAGAAUUCUAGAUGGACAGGGACAGGUGGAAAUUCAGCCUCUAUUUCAAUACGUCCCAUUCACCACCACAGACCUAUUAAAUUGGAAACAACAUUACGGGCCUUUGUCAGCUAAACCUCAGGAGGUUAUUGACCUGUUCAGAGUUAUUAUCAAAACCCAUAAUCCAACCUGGCAGGAGUUGGAACAGUUGAUGACUACUCUCCUUAAUGGUGAAGAGAGAGAAAGAUUAAAUAGUGCCAUUGGAAAAAUCCUAAAGCCUGUGGACGGAGGUAGCCUUCAGGCUGCGCUAAAUUUAUGGUUUCCAAGACAAGAUCCACAAUGGGAUCCCUAUGGAGACAUGACCGUCCUCCGGGAAUAUCAGGCAUUAAUUCUCCAGGGCUUAGAACAGGCUGCAAAACCUCCAGUGAAUAUGUCCAAGCCUUCUCUUGUAAUCCAAAAAACGGACGAAAGUCCUGAAGCCUUCUUCCAAAGGAUUUACAAGUAUCAGGCUCUCCUGACUCAUAAUCCACAAGUAACCUUAAAACAAACGAAUGCCCUAAAUCCAGCCACUCUCUUGCCAAUACCGGGACCUGAAAUUGAACACAACUGUAUGCAAGUCAUUGAGAGCCAGUUUUUGUGCAGGCCAGACUUAACGGACGUACCAUUGAAACCUGCAGACCAUAACUUAUUUACAGACGGGUCGAGCUUCAUUACUAUGGGAGAGCGCUAUGCAGGCUAUGCGGUAGUUUCUCUUGACCGAGUCAUAGAAAGUGGACCCCUUCCAAAAGGGACUUCAAAUCUGGUUUGCCGAGAUGUGAAAGCUCAAGGCGCUUUUGCCACUUAUCGAUCAGGUUUUACAUCCACUUCAUGUGCCUAUGGAAUGGCUUGUGGAUCUUGGGAUGUUAGUGAUGACACAGUUUGUUACUGCCAAUGUGUCAAUAUGGACUGGAUUUCAGCCCAGUGCUGA